AUGGCAAAUCCCGACAACACGACCGAGCUGGACUCCGUUGCGCGCAGCUCGGACUCUCCCGAUUUUCCCCUUUCCGACGAGGAGUCAUCACCGAGCUCCAGCGCACGGCCGCUGAGCGACGUUUUUCUGUUUGGGCGGUCCGCGCUGGGACCUCCAGCUCCACUGCCAGAGAGAACUUUCAAGUUGGAUGCCCUACGUGGCAGCGAACUCGACGACCAAUCAGGCUUGUCCGCAGAGUUUCUCAAACUUUCUUCCUACGUGCGGAAGUAUGCACCAGUCUUUCGGCAGCUUCCAGCACUCCUCAAACCCAGUCCGCAGCCCUUCAUUCCCGCCAUCGGAGAAGUUGAUGCACUCCUCAAGAUUGAGCGCCCCGAUGGCAAGGAUGACAAAGCGGGUACGGCGGCUCUAGACGAGCCUGCGCUCCAGCAGAGCAAUCCCGCAGAACUGCGGCUAGAGUUCAGAACUCUGCGUCCGGCACGAAAAUCCGCUGAUCCGAGGGGCAUGCAAGUGGGCGUCAUUGAAGAAGAAGGAGAGGGUCGACGCCGCCAAAUAGAUCGUUGGAUUCGCACAGUUCGUCGGCUGCGCGACCAGUACCAAAUUGACAGGAACCCGUGGCCAGCCGAUGUGCCGCCGCCGGAUCUGAAGAAGCUGAUGAGUGAAUGGCCAAACAAGCUAAACGUGCACUUCUUUUCUUCCACAGCGGCCGGUCUGAAGCUGGAAGAGACGCCGCUUUCACUUUCGGAGAUUCUCAAAGUAGGGUGUGCACUGCUUGAUAUUCCGACGAUUCCGAAUCAACUGAACAAAUCCCUACAUGUGUUAUGGAUGCUCUACUAUGAGUUAACGAACAACGGGCACGCUUGCGCACCUGAGGGAGAUUCCUGCCAUCAUGAACCAUAG